GCAUAAAUACUUGAAGUAUUUCCACAGAACAGUUCCUUUUGCAUUAAUACAAUCAAUAAACACAAACACAGAUGAGGAACAAAACACACUUCACUCCAGAGGAGAAACUAGUACUAGUUCGUUGGCAUCUUGAAGACACUAAAACUGUCUGAAAGUGUAAAUGAAAAUAUAGAGAGGAGUACAACCUGCAAAAAUGAGCAGAAAAAAUGGACAAACCACUAAUAUCUAUGAAAAUGAUGAUGACGUUAUAAAAGGUAAAAUUGGAAAAGAGAUCACAGACUCAACACAAGGAAAAUCAUCUGAAUUCAAAAGUACUGAGAUUAUUAGUUCACUCAGUUUUCAUGCUUUCAGUUGAUGUGUGCUGUGUUAUGUGGAUAAACAAAGAGAAUAAUGUCAUGUUUGUUAUUCUACAGAAAGUGUUUGUGUGAAGAUCAGAAGCUCCAGAGCAGCUGCAGUGUGUUUGGUGCUGCUGUGUGUUCUUCUGCUGACUGCAGUCAUAGUGCUGUGUGUCACGUUCACUCUAGAGAGACGACAGUUAAUAUCCAAGAAUGAAAACCUGACCAUUGAGAGAGACCAGCUAAAACUGGAGAAAAAUGACCUUCAGAUGAGUCUUGGUAAACUGGCAGAUGGAUGGAUUUACUAUCAAUCCAGUCUUUACUUCAUUUCCUCUGAGGAGAAGAACUGGAUUGAGAGCAGAAGAUACUGUACAGAGAGAGGAACAGAUCUGAUCAUCAUAAACAACAGAGAGGAACAAGAAUUUGUCAAGAACAGUUUUGAUGGUUUCUGGAUUGGUCUGACUGACAGUGAUGUGGAGGGCAGAUGGAAAUGGGUUGAUGGCAGCACACUGACCUCUGGGUUCUGGAGGUCUGGAGAGCCUAAUAGUUACAGAGGUGAGGAAGACUGUGUUUUGACUGAUUCAACAGGAUGGAAUGAUUAUCCAUGUUAUGGAGCAUUUAGAUGGAUCUGUGAGAAGAUUAUUUUUAAAUGACACAUUUUAAUAAAUAUAUGAGCAUAAUGCAUUAUGAACACAAAAGCAGCUCAUAAUAAUAUAGUAAAGCAAAAUAUAAUUACUGCACAUAAUGUAAUGAGUGUUACAUCACUAAUAACUUAAAGGUGCCCUAGAAUCAAAAAUUGAAUUUACCUUGGCAUAGUUGAGUAACAAGAGUUCAGUA